UGACUGCUUGGGGGUUAUUCGCCAUAUUACUGACUGCUUGGGGGUUAUUCAGCUCAUUACUGACUGAGGGUUAUUCAGCACUGUUCUGCCAAGAGAUCGGAUCUGGGGAUUUCUCAUACAUUUACUUGGGAGCUACCGACUAGUCGUCUACAAUCAUGAAUCAGAUCCUGCUGGUUAUCGCCCUGGUGCUGUCCGCAGUCGCAGCCGAGUCGAUAAGGGAGACUGAAACAAUGGACCCCACGAGUAUGCUUGAGUAUGAAUCGUCUGGCUCUUUCCCUGAAGGGGACUUUGAUGAUGACGAAGAAGACGACUAUGAUAUCGACUCCGAAUCGGACAACGAUGAAGAUUACUCCGGUUCAGGAGAACACGAAACUGAUGAUAUUGACGUCAAUGAAGACAAUGAUGAUGAUGAUGAUGAUGAAGAAUAUGAUGAGGAAACAACAACUUUGGGCAACCAAAUUCCUGAACACGUUGACAUAGCCAAAGGCGGCACAAAACAUAACACCUACAGCGAAAACAACGAAGUCGACAAUGACAUUCGGUACCCAACUAAGCCCAAAAACUUGGAGCCAUCCAAUGAAAUCUCCAUGGCCAGCACUGGCUCUGCUGGAUUUUUCCAAAGAACAGAAGUUAUUGCUGCAAUCAUUGCCGGCACGUUGGUUGGCCUGGUCGUCGCAGUCUCCUUCAUUGUAUUCCUAGUAAUAAGGAGAAACCAAAACGGGGAUCUGGUCAAGAAACCCAUCUACAAGAAAACUUCAACAAUGGAAGUAUAGGAAAAUUCUCCUGCUUACCCAAUAAAGGACUUUUUUUCGUUUUUUUUUUUUUUUUUUAAAGCAUUCGAUAGCUAAGAAAUGUUUCUCCGUGUGCAGUGAAUGCGUUUUUUUUUUUUUUUUUUCUGCAUCCGAAUCCUGAUUUUUACAAAAUCUUUUAACUCGGUUUGAUAGAAUAUAAGCUGUAAUUAAAAGAAAAACAAAAAAACCAAAAAAAAAAAAAAAAA